CUGCAUUUUCGUGAGAUUGUGGUGUUUGGGGGUCUCGGCUUUUCCUAAACGCGAGUGAAAAGAUGAAUUUAUGCAUUAUACUCUCAGAAUUGAAAAUGUGUAGUAGUGCUAAUUUUAUUUUGUUACAAAAAAAGAAGAAGAUUCGAGCGCGUGGUGCCUGGAAUGUACUGCAGCCAGCUCGUGCAUAUCUCGAGAGCAGAGAUCUCGAGCUGUCGAACGCGAAAGACGUGGCACCUUCAAUUUCUGGACGUUCUCGAAGCUCUCUUAGCUCAUGCGACCCUGCUUGAAGAAGAGAUUAAUGGAGUACCGGGCGAAAAGAGCGGCGGGGAAUGGAUGCGACCUCCGGGACCUUACUAUGUGCAAGACCGUUUUGAAGUUCAGUGGACACCUCACUCCAAGCGACCCGCUUCAUCACCCGGUUCUCAUUAUUGGACAACCUAGAAACCUUGCCAAAAUCACGUUUGACCAUGUCAAGUGCAAGCUUGAGCCCCGCGUUGGAGAGGAGAUGUUUCAAGCGGCCGUAGGCUCCCUACGCCCAUCACCCACGGACAACUGCUUUUUAUACUUGAAUCUAGCCAUAGUGGCGGCAUUGCCAACUAAAUGCUCACGUCACAAUACACCAUCGCAUGCUCACUCACUCACCAAACUUGUGAAGAACCUUACAGCUGGAGUGGAUGAGUAUAUUGUGGUGGUAUGUGAAUGGCAAGAUGUGUUUGCCAGCGCUUGUGCUGUUGCCAGGGCAUUUCCAGUAUUCAGCCGAAAGUCCACUGGUACUCCAGUGUCUCACUGUGUUACGGUGGAGUUUCUGCUUGUGGAUGGAGUAGGCGGAUGUCGCCACUUGGGUGAGCCAGAAUUGCGCUGUUUGACUGCAGCUGCAGAGGGCAUCCAGUUGACAGCAAAGAUUGUUGACUCUCCAUGCCGUGACAUGAACACAGAGGAUUUUAUCAAGGAGGUGGAAAUUAUUGGAAGUGCUCUAGGCCUCAAGCCCACUAUAAUCAAGGGGGAGGAACUUAAUGCCAAAGGCUUUGGCGGUAUUUACUCUGUUGGCCGUGCAGCAGUGCACCCACCUGCGCUUGUAGUACUAAGCCACACGCCGGAGGGCUCUCAAGAUACCAUUGCCUGGGUGGGCAAAGGUAUUGUGUAUGACACCGGAGGACUCUGCCUGAAGUCGAAGACUGCCAUGUGUGGCAUGAAGAGAGACUGCGGAGGAGCUGCUGGGAUUCUUGGGGCUUUUUAUGCUGCCGUAAAAUUAGGGUUCAGUGAUAAUCUUCAUGCUGUCUUCUGCCUGGCUGAAAAUGCUGUUGGUCCAAAUGCAACAAGGCCUGAUGAUAUAAUUACAAUGUACUCUGGCAAAACUGUUGAGAUCAAUAACACUGAUGCUGAAGGACGUCUUGUUGUUGGUGAUGGGGUGGCAUAUGCUCACAAAGAGCUCAAGGCUAACAUAAUCCUGGACAUGGCAACUCUCACUGGGGCUCAAGGUGUUGCCACUGGAAAGUACCACGCUGCCCUGGUUAGCAACUCUGCUGACUGGGAGGAGUUGGUCAUUCGAUCGGGGAUCCUUUCUGGGGACCUCAUUCAUGCCUUGCCUUUUGCACCUGAGCUUCACUUUGUUGAAUUUGCCAGUACACUUGCUGACAUGAAGAACUCGGUGGCAGACCGCAACAAUGCCCAGCCAUCUUGUGCUGGUUUGUUCAUUUGUUCUCAGCUGGGCUUUGAAUUUCCUGGUGUGUGGAUGCAUGUUGACAUGGCUUACCCAGUUCACUGUGGUGAAAGGGCAACUGGAUAUGGAGUUGCCCUGCUCUUGACACUGUUCGGGCACUGUUCAAAGAAUCCACUUCUGAAAGAGCUUUCAUCUUGGUGCAGUUGGGCCAACACAGAUGAAGUGGAAAGGGCCACGAAGAAAAUUCGACUGGUCUAGAGUAAUUUCUUUGCAAGAAAUGUUAUUGCUAGGUCAAAUCAAGUGUGUUUUUCUUAAUUUUUCUAGAAAAUCGUGUGACAUGCUGCUGCUUUUUUUACUAAGAAAUUACAAAUCCUCAAUUUGCUUCUACCCAUGAAAUGGUGUAGAAGAUGGGAUGUUCUACAUUUGACUUUUGGUUGUAUGCUUACAGUGUGCAUGUGUGUGUGGCAAGAGUUAUGAAUAAACAAUUUUACACUUGUGGUACUUGUGGAA